CCGCUAAACGCGACCACUCCUGACGCCGGACGUAGCAGCCAGCAGACGCGUACGGCGUAGCUGGUCCGUACAUUCAUAAUCGUCUGUGACAAACCGAUGGUAAUCUCGAUUACUGUUCACAUUAACGUUCAUUACUAUUGACCGAAUAGAAUAAAUAUGAUAAAGGUUACAAUAAAGGCAAAAAGUGAGACGCAAGCGUAGCCUGCAUUUCAGUUCAUUGCCAUUACACAGAUAAAUGUACACGUUUAAUGAAAAAUUUAUUUUAAAUAAAAAUCGGAUCAAACAUAUAUAUAUAGAUAUAUAUAUAUAUAUAGUCGAAAUACUACUCGUUAACCACACAGCACGAUACAUUGCAUGUAGCGUUUCAAAAAGUGGUGAAUAUUUUUCUUAAAUAAGAGAGGAUAAUGUACAGUGUUUCUCUUCUCUUGCUUGUUCUGAGUGUACAAACAGAUGGAUUAUAUUCACUCGGUGAUCGGUGCAAUUACAAAUUUAAACAGAAAUAUCCUGAGGACAAAAAUAAUUACAGCACAGUUGGAUAUAAUUCUUCAGUUGGAUUUAUUGAUUAUUGUACCGAGGAAGAUGUUCCUUACGUUAUGACUUUUGAUGUGUGGUUGGAUGAUACGAGUGACGGAGAUGAUUCCUUAAAGAUUGGAUUCACAUCUCCUAAAAGAGAAUGCAAGUAUGGAGUAACCUUGUUAGUUAAUCCUUCAAUCAAGGAUGAGAGAGAAUGUAAGGAGUAUAACUUUGACAAAGCAGAUGACAUUAAAUCAAAGAUACAUACCGCAGAGAGGAAUAUGUGUAUUUUUAAGAACACUAAUCAGUCAACAUUUGCAAGAUAUAAGUCGACAGUAUUACCGCACGAGUACGAGGAUGAUGUUUGGCUAUCGUUCAAAUAUAUCUUUACAGGAUGCUAUGCACUUCGGUUUCACAUAGGUAAGCAGAAAUAUAUAAUAAGAGAGCCUGCAUUUCUGAAUACUACUUAUCAACGAGCGGAAGCUAAAGAACCACAGGUCAUCUGUAGAUAUAAGGACAUCGAUAUAAGGCACUCCAAUCUUGAGAAAAGAAAAGUAAAAAACUUCACAUUAGAUGUUUUCGUACCAGGUUAUACAGGAUAUUACCUUAACGUGACGUUGAUAUCGCCGCGGAAUAAAGACCUAAGACAAAUUUGUAUCUGGACAGGAGAACCAUUAAUAUAUCAAUGGUCAAUUAAUCUGGCAGUUCCCGAUGAAUUUACAGAUAAACAUUGCAAUGUAAAAUUGGUCAAGCCAAUGGAAGAAGGAACACAUAAGAGAGUACGAUGUAACUUUCAAAUAGAAACGCCAACUGAAGGUCAUUGCUUUCUGUAUCAACUGAUUGACGAACGAUGUGAGCAGAAUACUAUAUGGAAUCCAUAUUAUGCAAAAAAUAAAGUGCCAUGUUUAUGGAUACAGCGUUGCGUGAAAUCUUACGAUCAUUGGUUACACGUCGCGACCGUAUCGAGAGAGAUGAAAUCAGACAAGGUGCUGAGCGCAAGUUCAUACCUAUUGCUGCCAAUUAUUACCAUUGUGCUAAUUGUAUCAGCAAUUGGAAUAUUAUAUUUCCGGUAUUAUUUGUGUAAUCGAAAGGAGGAAGUCAAUUUGUAUGUAAAUCCGCAGCACGAUGAUUCUGAUUGUCCUAAAUCCAUCGAUUUCGGUAUUAUUGACAAUGUCAGUGAGAAGGAAAUCGGUAAUCCUUCUUGCGAUGAUAUUGUUCUUCUUUACACCAAUAAUUCAUCAUCUUUUAUGACGUUGAUGAAAGACUUUCGUGAAACACUUGCCAAGAUGUGCUCUUGUUCCGUGCAUGACUGGCAUAACGGAGCUGUGUGGAAUGAAGUGGCCAAAGUUGGUGCUGUUUCAUGGUUUACUGAAUUACUUAACAACGAAUGCCGCGUCAUUUGGAUAGAUACACCGGUCACGAGAUCCGUCGUUAUAUCAAACUCGAGGGACAACGAGUCGAAUUUGGAUAAGCUCAGUAAAUAUUAUGAAAUACACGAUUUUCGCGACAUGGCAUUUCGCGCUGUGCUCGAAGUGGCAAAGAGCAAAGUAAACGACAGCGUUGCGCGUCAGUACCGCAGACAUUUUGUCGUAAGGUUCGAAGGGUUAGAAAGUACGGCAAAUGUGAAUGAUCCAUUCUUAGAUCUCUCUCCUCACGCCCGAUAUUACAUGCCGCAACAUCUCAUGCAGUUGUGUUCGGAUCUAUCGGUGGUGAAACCAGAAAUUUCUAAAUAUAAGAUAAAGGUAGAAGAAGAUCUUUAUCGUCUUUUCAUAUACCAACUUUACAAGUCUCAGACGCAACAACGUCUAAAAUUUAUAAAGAUGGAAUCAACAAUAUAAAGUAACUGUAAAUUAUUUUAAGCUCUUUCAGCGUUAUCCACAACUAUCCGACACAACAAGAUCUCAUACGUAUUUUCUUAACGCGAAAAUGUGAUUGCAAAUGCACAAAUUUGUUAUGAUAUCAAAGAUACUACCUCAAAUUGUAUGUAUAAAAAUUGUAUAGGGUAAUCAAAAUUGUAUACAGUAAUAUAUAAUUUUGAUAGCUGUCUAUAAAUGUUCUCCAUCACGACAAGAUUAACAUUUGCAGCAAAUAUAAAUCAUUCACUGAUUUAUAUUUGCGGUUUUGUCUGAUUCUUUCUUUAACGAUAUUAGUGUAAGGAUCGUUAUCUUGUACUCUCAGGAUUAAUUAUUUGUAAAUCGUUAAAUGCAAUUUCGCAUAAUUGCUAUGCACAGUUUAAGUUUUAACUAAACUUUAUACAUUUAUUAUGUUGAUAUAGAUAUAUAAAUAUAUAUAUAUAUAUAUAUAUAUUUG